AUGCCUAAGUGCGAAUUUAACGUUCGUUGGGAAGCUGCGAUUACUAAAUCAGUGCUAAAAACAAUAGAAGAUCAUAGACGUGAGUGGGGUGAACGUGAAUUAACAGUUAAUGAACGCAAAAUACUUUGGGCUUAUGGAACUCCAAGAAAUUAUAUAGAAUUAAUGAAGGUAGUUUCGCUGGUGCACAAAUUAGUUUUAAGGCAAGAAGAAGUAUUUUCGAUUACCAAAGAUAUUAUAAAUCGUUAUCACGCAGAUAACGUAGUUUACUUGGAAAUGAGAGUAAUCCCGUGUUUAAGCUCUCAGUUAACCCUCGAAUUAUUCGUAAAAAAAAUGAUUGACGCUAUUUUGGAAAGACAAGAAAAUCAUAUUGAAAUGAUGAUAAAAAUAACUUUAACUGUCAAUGUAUGCGAACCACUGCAAAAAUUAAACGAAUUUCCUGACAAUGCAGAUUCACUGCAUGAAGUAUUGGUUUCAAGUCCAGAUCGUUUAUGCAAUGCUGAAGUUUUGAAUAUUAAUGAACGAGGAGGAGAUUCUUUUUAUCAACGAAUCUUUCGUGAUCAUUUGAUAUCAAAAAGAAUUCCUACUGGAUUUGGUGAAGCGAUGGGUAGAGACUUAUCUACAGAAUAUUAUUAUUUAGCACUUGAAAUGAAUCUAAGCACAAGCCAAAUUUAUAAAUUGGCGCGAAAAGCAUCUUUUUUUAUUAAGCGAACUGAAAAAUAUCGAGGCGGAGAUUACUUACUUUAUACUAAAAAUUAUGAUGAAUUUGCAAAUAGCUAUAAAUUAGAUGCUUCUGUUCAAUGGCAGUACGACUACUUCCUUGUUACACACACUUUUCUUAGCCGACCUUUGCCGCGAAAACGAAAUAGGCGAUGCCAACGUCGUAUUAAUGAUGUUUUAUAUCUUUGA